AGUUUAUACCUAGCGGAUACCUUCUUUGCAAAGUACAAACCAAAAAUCAUCGAAUAUAGGAUGAAGAUCACUAUUAUCGCCUUCGCCCUUCUGGCUGUGGCCGUUGCCGCUUACGAGCACGAGGACUACCAUUCGCAUCCCAGCUACAAGUUCGAGUAUGGAGUGAAGGAUCCCCACACCGGAGACCACAAGAGCCAGUGGGAACAUCGGGACGGAGAUGUCGUCAAGGGAGCCUACACCCUGCACGAGGCCGAUGGAACUGAGCGAGUGGUCGAGUACUCGUCCGACAAGCACAACGGCUUCCAGGCUCAUGUGAAGCGUGUGGGUCAUGCUCAUCACCCGGAAGUCUACGGACACCAUGAGGGUGGACACUCGUACGGUGGACACGGUCAUGGACAUGCCAGCAGCUAUGCCAACGGAAACCUCCAUCAGUAUCAUCAUUGAGGAGCAUUAAUUACACCAAAUAUUGUGAUCUAAAUAAAUAAUAAAUCAUCUUCAUCAAUUGAUUUGA